GAUGGCAUGUUAUCUGGGUGAAGAAUGGUAACACUGGUUACGAUGAGAUCCGUGCUGCCAUCAAGGAAGCAAAGGCUGUUAAGGACAGCCCACAAUGAUCAAGGUUUGACUCUUUUGCUCAGAAUUGAUUUUACUGAAAAAGUGAUUCUAUUGUCUCCCAAGUUUGUUCUUUGCUAAACUCCAGUGCUUGCAGGUGACAACAACCAUCGGGUUUGGCUCACCAAACAAGGAAAACAGUUACAGUGUUCAUGGAAGUGCAUUUCCAUGUGCCUGAUGAUGUGAAGAGCCAUUGGAGCCGCCAUGUCCCAGAGGGUGCAGCAAUUGAAGCCGAGUGGAAUUCCAAAUUCGGUGAAUAUGAGAAGAAGUACCCAGAAGAAGCUGCAGAAGUGAAGGCCAUGAAGAUCUUGUUUUUCACUCUGUAUAUAAGAAUGGCAAAACAUGGAAAAACUUCAGUUGAUGUUAAAGCUCUUACUAAAACAGAAUAUAUGAGAAGAAAAAAGAAGGUAUCUAAGAAAAAACAAAUCAUUGAGGUCUUCUAUGCAGGGAAGAAAAUGUGAAGCUCGAGAUUUGGAACAUCAAGAUUUUGAGCAUGAUAGCACUCUGAUAUCUCAACAUAACAAUAAACGCAAGGGUAAAGGAAUUGCUCUUUCACAAUCUCAGGAUUAGAUAUUGCAACCUACAUCAGUGGCUAUUUUAGAAGAAGAUAAUAUGCAAAUAAGAAUGA